AUGCAGCUUCAGAUCGAAGAACCGCCCAGAUUGGAGCUGAAGGGCUCUCCAAGAGAAAUCGGCCUUGAACAUGGCCGAAUCCUAUCACAGCAGAUCCAGGACCAAAUCAAAGUCUACGGAGACAUGUUCCUGGAGACCUCUAAGAUGUCCUGGAACGAUGUCAGGAAUCUCGCCGAGGAGUUCCGUGAAUCACUGGAGAAGAAAGUGCGCGACAUCUACGAAGAGAUGCAGGGUAUAGCAGAGGGAGCGGGGGUCGAUCUUCUCGAUAUUGUGGCGCUGAACUGUCGCAGUGAAAUUGCCAUGGGCAGUUUCUCCGAUGGCUGCACAAGUCUAUCUUGGAAGAAACAUGACGAGGGACGAGUCCUGGCUCAGAACUGGGACUGGGCUCCCGCUGCGGGGAAGAAUAUCGCUAUCAUGUCAAUCGAACAGCCCGGCAAACCAAAAGUCUAUGUGGUUACCGAGGCCGGUAUCGUUGGAAAGAUUGGGUUCAACAGCGCAGGUGUAGGCGUUUGCCUCAACGCCAUUCGGGCGAAACCGUGCAUCAGCUCAAAGAUCCCUAUCCAUGUGGCGCUCCGCCUCUGUCUUGAGAGCCCAUCUGCCCAGACGGCGGCCGAAAGGAUCUCCGGGCUGGGAGGUAUAGCUUGCAGUGUGCACAUCCUAGUUGCAGACAGCACGACCGCACUGGGACUUGAACUCUCGCCAGUGGGAGACGUGUAUCUCGAGGAAGAUGAGUUGGGAACUAUCCCUCACACUAACCACUUCAUCGAGAAUCGGAACGUGUACGAGCCUCCAUGGCUCUCCGGCUCCCCAAUUCGACUGGAUCGAGUCCGCCAGCUCGUUCGGGAGCUGAUCGGGGGCGGAAUCGCCGGCUCUCAGAUCACUCCGAGUCUCCUGCGGGACAAGAUCUUUUCGGACACUUUUAAUGCGCCGCAGGCUAUCUGCUGCUCGGAGGAUCCUAGCCGGGGUCCUGCGGUGCGGUCUAAGACCAUUUUCAAUAUAAUUAUGAAUCUGGAGAAAGACAAUCUCAGCGCGGAACUUGUCGUUGGUCGACCAGGUUCUGGGGAGGAGACUGCCGUGAUACGGAUGCCUUGGGCAUAA